AUGUCCACAGGUCUAGUCUGCCGGAACUGUGGUGGGAGAAAAUUCUCCAGAGAAUACCACACUGCUUCUGGAGAUUUGUCAUGUAUGGAAUGUGGUGUUGUUGCAGAGGAAAAUCCUAUUGUUUCGGAAGUCACGUUUGCUGAAAACGCAGCUGGUGCAGCUACUGUCCAGGGCUCGUACGUCAGUAACGACCAGAGUCAUGCGAAUUUUGGUAACGGGCGUGGCUCGAUGGAGUCAAGAGAACAGACGAUCCAGAACGGAAAAAAGAGAAUCAAAAAUGUUGCGUUAUCGUUGGGUAUACCGGAUCAUAUUUCGGAAGAAGCUCAUCAGUGGUUCAAGCUUGCCUUGAACGCUAACUUUGUCCAGGGACGUAGAAGUCAAAAUGUUAUUGCGGCAUGUCUAUAUACUGCAUGUAGGAGAUCAGGGACCCGUCAUAUGCUCAUCGAUUUUUCUACUCGAUUACAAGUCAGUGUGUACGCCGUCGGUGCAACCUUCCUCAAGAUGGUCAAAGCGUUGCACAUAACAGAAAUACCUCCUGUGGAUCCUUCAAUUUUCAUACAGCAUUUUGCGGACAAGCUAGAUUUCGGUAAGAGGACGGGAAAGGUUAUCAGAGAGGCAACAAAGAUAGCGAAGAGGAUGUCCGAUGAUUGGAUCCGUCAAGGGCGUAGACCCGCUGGUGUGGCUGGAGCAGCGAUCCUUUUGGCGGCACGUAUGAACAACUUUCGAAGAACUCAUUUGGAAAUUGUUGCAGUGACUCACGUGGGAGCUCAAACGAUUCAGAAGAGACUGACUGAAUUUAAGAAAACACAGGUAUCCAAAUUGACGAUUGAUGAUUUUAGAGACGACAAAAAAGAAGGGACCGUGGUGAACAGAAUGCUUCCGCCUUCCUUUGACAAGAGCCGGAAGGAGUUGAGAAAGCGGAAGCAGGAAAUCGAAGAUGUGGAGAGCGUAGAAGAUGAAAUGAUGAAUGAUCCGGUUCUAGGUGCAAUGUUGGAAGACUCAGAGAUCACGGAAGAAGAAAUUCAAUACCAUAUCAAGCGAGUGUUGGGAAGGAAAAAGAAAGAUUUGGAUCGUAAGAUAUCAUCCAAGUUGGUAUAUAAGGAUGGCACAACACAGCUGGAAGCUGAUGAUGAGAAUACGGAACUUUUAAGAAUGAUUGAACUGAACAGGCCUAGAAAUUUGUCAUUGGCUUUGCCAACUACUGAAGAUAUGCUUAAUCGAAUCCCAGAUGACGAUGAAGACGAAAGAUUUAAAGAACUAAUCAACGACGACGAACUGGACUCAUUUAUCCUUUCAAAGGAGGAAAGUGAGUUGAAGGAGAGGCUGUGGACUGGCUCGAACCAAGACUUCUUGAUUGAGCAAGAAAAGAAGAGGUUGAAGAUGGAGACAGAUAAAAUUGCUGGCCACACAACCCAAGUACGAAAGCGUCGUAGAAGAAACGCUGAUCUCGAAGCACAAGAUGCAGCUGAUCAAGCGGGGGAUAAGAACGGACUCAGUGGGUUGGCUGGCCUCAUACGAGCCAACCUCUCUGGCACUUCGUCAGCAUCUGACAAUGCCAAGGCAUUGCUAAACAGUAAGACCCUGAGUAAAAAGAUCAACUACAAUGCGGUAAAUAAUUUGUUUGAUGAUGCAUAG